AUGGAACACACUCUGGAACCUAUAAAUUCUCCAGUUUUCCCGGUUGAAAAAGACCUAGAAAUACCGGCAUCCGCUCAGCCGUUAGGCCAGACUACAUCUAUCCAAGUCUUUGUCGAACUUGCUGAGCCAGUUGUGUUUCUGCAAGGAUUUGAGCAGCAUCAGUGGGAUGAGCGACCACCGGGGCUUUUACGUGGAUCUUUAAUUAUCCGUGUGCUUAAACCAAGUAAGGUGAAGUCGAUAAAUCUGAAGUUCCGCGGAGUUUCCAAGACAGAAUGGCCUGAAGGUAUUCCACCCAAGAAACAAGAGUUUAUUGAAGCAGUCGACAUUGUCAAUCACACGUGGCCGUUUUUCCAAUCCGAAAACAGUCAUGUUCCGAACAGCAACAGCACAGAUCCUGACGAUUUGCUGAAAGGAAGUAAUGCGUCGAUUUAUCGACCUCUGAAAAAAAAGAGCAACAGUGUAAGUUCGAUUAAUUUAAAUUCAGCUUCUUUAACACAAGGUAUGUCCAAACCGUCAUCUUCAAAUCUACUGCCCAUUGGGAACAUUUUGCGACGAGCUGCUUCUCCUGAACCUCAUCAGCGAACUCGGGGUAGUGGUAGUGCCUUAUCUGAUCUGGUUACCGGAACGUUAUCGGACGCCAGCGAUAGCGCGUCUGUGUUUUCGCGGGCGUCGUCUGGCACUGAGCCCUUCAUUUUUCAGCCGGGCGAUUACAUAUACUCCUUUGAGCAACCAAUAACGCUUUCUUGCCCUGAAACCAUACAGGCUUCGUUUGGCUCCGUCACGUACUAUUUGCAGGUCACAAUAGAACGUAGCGGUGCUUUUAAGUCCAACAUACAUGUCAGAUGUCCCAUUCAGAUUGUAAGGACUCCUUCUGAUUCUUCUGUUGAGGAAACUGAACCCAUUGCCAUUUCAAGAGACUGGGAAGACCAACUGCACUAUGACAUAGUUAUAGCGUCGAAGGACAUUGUCCUGGACGCUUUCCUCCCAAUCGCGUUUCGUGUUACUCCACUCGAUAAGGUAACCUUGCACAGAAUAAGAAUAUAUCUUACAGAAACACUCGAAUAUUACUGCAAGAACAAAAAAGUUCAUAGACUGGAGCCAACAAAGAAAUUCUUGCUGGCUGAACAUAAGGCACCUCCAAUUGACGAUUUGCCAGAUUCUGCGAACUUGUCAAAAGCCAAAAACUUGGGUAAUCUUUUAGUAGACUCAAAGUCAGGCGACCUUGUGUCGAAAGAGUUCGAAUAUCAGGUGUUUAUUCCAGAAAAACUUAGUAUGCACCAGCGCGUCCAUCCAGAUACAUCUUAUCAAAAUAUUAAGUCCAAUCACUGGAUCAAAAUAUGUUUGCGACUUUCGAGAAUAAUAGAUGGGAAAAGAAAACAUUAUGAAAUCAGUAUUGAUUCUCCAAUUCACGUUUUGCAUAAACUUUGUUCUCAUGCGAAUACGCUUUUACCAAGUUAUGACACACAUGCUUUAAUUCCAGGAGCUGACUAUUCAAAAUUCGGUAACAAGAGUGUCAAUUUAUAUCAUGAUUCUAACCUGUAUUUCCCUAAAGACAUCAUCAACUCACCAGUGAUGUCCCCUGAAGUACACGCCAUGGAUGAAAGAAUCGGAUUUUCCUCUAGAACUCAUGCGCCAAAUCAAUCUCAGUUACAUCAUGGUUCGUCACACAGGAGAUCAGAUGAUCAGAAAACGAAUCUUGAUGAUGCCAUACUCAAUUCGCCAGAGUUGAAGUCCAACAUUUAUCACCCCGAGAAUUUGCAACCGGAACUCGCGUCACCUCAAGCCAUUCCUCUUUCUCCCAUUUCAUCUCCCAUAGCAAGACCCAUUCACCUGAUCCGUACGCCAAGCUUUGAACCUCCUCCAUUUGACGCGGACUGUUCGCCUCCACCAAUGAAGUCAGGGUUAGUUAUCAGUGGAGCACCAAUACAUCCUCCCACAUACGAUGACGUCCUUUCAGCUGAUGGAAUACGUUUCAACGGUGUCAAACCGGGAUUUACCAUUACUGACGUUGAUGGCUCUUCUAAAGUUUCUGCAGCUAGUACGAGAAGAGAUUCUUCGGCCAGGUUUGUUGAAAGUUCAGAAGAUAUUGCUUCUUCUUUUUCGUUCGGGGGAUCUGUCCCUGGAUCGCCAGAUCUUCCUGGCGCUAUUAUCAAACCACAUCAAGGACAUUUGAAGUCGCUCACCUUGGCUGCAGGAAUGAACAGGCAGGACAGUAUCAAUGAUAAUUUACCGUCAACAGUGAAGAAUUUCAACAGUGCUUACAGUGAUCUUAACGAUGUUUUAGGUUACCCAGAGGGUACCGAAUGCUCUCCCAUUUCUCCACCUAAAAGCCGGACAUCAUCAGUUGCGGCAUCACCGCGUUCCUCUGUGGAUACUGUUCGGGGAUAUCCUUCAAAUGUCAAGACAGCCGGAAACAUGGAACCACUUCUACAUACAAAAACCAACAGAACGAUGGACACGUUUCUGCAGUCAAAUGAUUCUAUUGGUCAGUUUAACGAUCUGCCCACUGAGGCAUCUGUGGAUAUCACGGCACUGUAUGAUAGGAAUUCCAAUGCAUGGCAUCCUCUGCAGAAUGAGCUUUCAACGUCUCCAAUUCCAGGAAGGGACCUGGGUUUUUCCUUGGCUAAUGGCAAUACGGUCCUAGAGGACUUCAAGCGUGCCUUUAGAGUCCCUGUAAAAUCAGAAAGCCCAGAAAACGAGGGUUUCUUAAGGACGGGCAGCACCACGAAUACAAGCAAGGGGCCAAGUUCUUCCAAUUCGCAGUCAAGCGAUGAAGGGAGGCUGGAUUCUCAAGUCAAAGAAACGCUGAAACAAAAGGAGCAUACAAAAGAGCGGCGUUUGGAAGAAGGCAUUGCAGAAUAG